GCCAUGCUGCCCGCGCCGCGCGCGCUGUGCGGCUGGGAGCCGCUGGCCCGCAGUUCUCUGUUUCAUGACCCUCUUGUUCUUGGAUGUGAAGAGCCUGCCUCUGGAAAAGCAUCUGUAUGUGAGAAAGACAGGCCCUUGUCAUCAAAGCCGUUCUCCCCUGGAGUUAAUAUGGUCAGCGUGGGAAUUGGCACAAGGCCAGGCCCAGCAAGAGGCGCCAGCUCAGGAUUGAGAUCUGACACUGAGACCGAUGAGACCAUCCUGCAGAGGAGACAGAAGCAGAUAGACUAUGGGAAGAAUACUAUUGGCUACCAGCACUUCCUACAACAGGUCCCCAAGGCCGCUCGGCAGUCAGGGAUUCACCCCCGAACUCCAAAUAAGUACAAGAAAUAUAGCCGCCGCUCCUGGGACAUGCAAGUCAAGCUGUGGAGACGGGCAUUGCAUGCCUGGGACCCGCCCACCCAGCAUCCUCUCCUGUGUGGACAAGGACUUCCAAGGCAGGAGCUGGUGAGUCUCUCAGGAAUGAUGGAGACAAACUCUUUAUGCGGCUUCUCAGAAGAUUGGCCUGGUGCCCUGAGGCCUCUUGAAAAUCUGCCAGGAGAAUCACUGGGCGGACAGUUUGCCGGCCUGUCAUCUCCUGGCUGCUCCUCUCCAUGGCUGCCCCAGAUCCACUCCAACUUGCUGCCCUUCCUAGGACACACACACACCUGCCCAUACUGCUCCUGGAUGGGUCUAUGAGGAGAGUCCAGAGCAUUUUCUGCCUCUGAAACGACAGCAUGUGGGAAGAGCUCAGGCAUCAAGUUUCAUACAAGCCCAGCUGCUAGGAUCUCCUGAGCUCAUGAAGGACAUGAGAUUAUCCUGAAGCUUGCCCCAGGGACAAGGGGUGUUAGUGUUGAGGCUUGGAGCUGAGCACCAGACCACUUACACAAUGCACAAAUCGAGAGAUAGCUGCUGGGUUUGUAUCUCCUCACACAGCCCAACUUCCCAUGGUGUAGAGAGAAUUUGUCACCUGAGUACCUGUAACCCCAGGCAUUGCAGUGAAUACCAGCAUGCAUAGGACCAGUUCUUUCUGCUUCCCUUCAGGAAUCUGUUUGCUCUCUUGGGUUCCAGGGAGAUCUGUAUAGAAGGGGUUGGAAAAAUGGAAAGGGGGGUCAAUAAAAUUUACCACAAGACUCUGUAA